AUGGAGUAUUGUGAGAGGGAAUCUUUAGAUAAAAUCAUUCACAACUCCGCUUUCAUCUAUUCGAUGCGAACCGUGACUGUUUGGGCGGAGAACAUUUUUGGGGCUCUUGCGUAUCUCGUUGAAGAGCACAAUAUUGUCCAUCUGAAACUCGGAGAUUUCGGCUGUGCAAAAGAAGUCGAAGAGACUUGUGUGGAUAGGUCUCUAGCCGGCACUUGCCGCUACAUGAGUCCACCAGAUGGGCUACCUAAACUCUCGCAUCGAAACGACGUUUAUGCAGUGGGUUUGGUGGUAUGGGAGAUGAUCGAAAGAUGUAAAGUUUGGAGUGAGUACAAUCAAGAAGGCGUUUUUGACUUGGGUCGAUUCCAUAGGGGAGUUAUUGAGAGAAAAGUCGUUCAACUUACUCCACCAAAAUGUGCUCAAGUCGAUGUGCAACGAGCGGUGGUGGCGUGUACUCGCUUCAACAAUAAUCAUCGACCGACUGCAGCAGAGAUGCAUCAACGAUUUAUUUGUUGGAACAAGAAAGACGCCUUUUGCAUGAGUCUCCCCUUUCUCCCGAAAGUCGACAUCACGGAAAAACGCUUGAUACGACCAAUCGGCUUCAAUGGACAACGAAAUGUAGAGCCGAUCGUUAAGGACAUAACACCACCUAAGCCUCAGCUGUCUGAUUCAUCUACAGUAAAACGAAUGGCUCCGGUGGCUCCGAUUCGAGCAACUGCUCCUCCUUUUGAAGCUUCAACUACACUCGGCCCACCCCCAGCCUAUUCAACAAUCAUUCUGCCAACUCAAACUAAACAAACUAGACAACUUUCCUGUUUUCAAAAAUUCGGACGACGCUGCUGUUUGUGUUUGGUUUGGCUGAUUGGCAUUGGAAUCUUCAUAGCUUUCUGUAUUUUGACGGUGAUGUUUUUAAAUUCUGAUCUGAAAACGAUGACUACAACAAGUCGGCCGAACAUUGAUUACACAGAAGUAACAACAACAACAACAAGAACAACAUGGUUUGCACCGACUCGUGACAUGUUCACUCCAACAGUCCCGCCACCUUUUCAACGGUGUGCAUCAGUGAUUCUAUUAAACGAAAAUCUAAGUCUCGCGAAAUAUCUUUUCAGCAAGGGCCAAAAAGAGGUUGAAUGCGAGGCGAAAUUGUAUGGAAAAGCUUUUGGUGAUGGUGGAAAAAAGGAAAGGGCCACGGUCGCUCUUGUCAAGGAAUGGGAAGCGGUUCGGGCGAAAAUUUUGAGAUGUUGGGCCGGGCUUCUCGCGACGCUCAAGGAAAUCCAAGAAAUGAAAGACGCA